AUGUCAACUCCAAGGCCUCAGCUUAAAGACAUAAUUGUAAAAUGUGUUGGAAGGAAGGAAUUAGCCCCUAGACGAAGUGUAAAACCUAAAAUGUUGGUUACGGAGAGCCCUCUGGUGAAGGAUUUUCAUAAGUGGUCAGGGAAGCAAAGGAGGUUGUUCUAUAGCCAGGAGGAUGUUGAUCAUGAUCCAAGGUUGGGCCUUAUGACUAAUUGGAACUUGACCUCAAAUUUUUUUGCUGGUCUAUUGAAGUCACCAAUUAGGCUUGAUAAACAUAGUAGAGCAAAGGUACCAAGAGAUUUACUAAUUAAACUCAAGAUGGAGGAGUUGCCUCCGAAUGAAGAAGGAAAGUUAAUAAAAAUUACUCCUACUUUUUCAGAUGCCAAGUCUCUUCAAAGUUCGUAUGUCAGCGCAUCAUCCCAGGUGCUCGAAAAUAUAUUCUUCAGAGUUCUACUGCCGAAAUCUAUAAACGGCUCUGCCAUGCGAUAUUAUGAUAAAAAGGAAAUUUUAUCUGAUAAAGCUGCAUUGGUAGACGAGUUUAGAGAAUCAUCGCUCAAACUUAUUACUGAGGGAUUAACUGCAUUACUAAACGAUCAGCAGUCCGCUGCUUAUAAAGACUUGGAAGAUUGGGACAUAUUAGUAACAUAUGACACAAGCAAUCCAAAUGAUAUAGAAAUACGCAAAUGCCAAAACUUGAAGAACAAGCCCACUAUAAUAAUGUUUAAUUUGAAGGUGUUGGAAAAUAAGGAUUUAGAGGAUAUGUUUUCAUCGCGAGUUAAGAAUCCUCAUGGCGGAAUAGUAUUGAAGCUGCUGAAGAAUAAGAUAUUGUUGAAUUGUAUGUAUAAAUUGAUAGCAUUUUCAAGUAAUUAA